GUCUGUCGUGUUAUGCUGAAAGAGAUUUUUCGAAUCCAUUGCAUUUGAAAUCGACGGCCAUUCAUUUCAAUUUUCAGCAGCGAUCUUUUCCUUCCUUUCACUCUCGCACCAGCGUUUCACGUUGGUUUUGAUACUUUAUUGUAGUAGCUCAAUAUUUUUGCUAGGAUAAUUGUGUUUUUACUCUGUUUUGCCAUACGGAAGUGAAGGGCAGGGAAAGACAUGGCAUCCAGCGGAGGAGGAGGAAGUGUCAAAUCCAGUAACGGAAACGGACGGACUAAUCCCAGCACAGGACGCUCAUUAUCGCAGAGUUCGGGAUCCCCGGAAAAUUUCAACAAUCCCAAUGCCAAUGCUUCUCUGAGUUACCAUGCCACGACAAUCAUUAAGACUAUUAAAUGCCAUUAUUUAUGGACAAUCAGUAAUUAUACCUUCGUUAAGGAUAAGGAUGAAUCCAUAAAAUCCCCCAAAUUCACCACACCUGAUGGUACAGAAUGGUAUCUGCGUGUGCAUCCCCUGGGAUUUAACCGGGACGUCCCCGAGCGCAACUUCGUCUCGGCCUACCUGUGCGUGUAUCAGCCUAAUCAGGGCCAUGUGCAGGCCAAGCACCGCGGGAAGAUUCUCUCCUUUGAAGACGACAUCCACGAUGCCCUCAAGACCAUGGAGCGCUCGGCCAAGAUGGGCAAAGUGGACUGCUUCACCCGCGACAACUUCAGCUGGGGCUGGCCCGAGUUCAUCUCGCAUGGUGAUCUGUUUGAUGAUGAGAAGAAAUUCCUCCAGAACGACUCCAUCCGCAUCCUCUGGUAUCUGGAGAUCCUGGUGGAGGUGGAGAACGCCGUCAACCGCAUCGAGAUCCCCCGCGCGACCCUGGGCGUGGAUUUUGGUGAGCUGCUGAAGAGUGGCCGCGGGUCGGAUGUUGUGAUACGGAGUAAGGAUAACAAGGAGCAUCGCGCACACAAACUGAUCAUCAGUCAGCGGUCCAAAUACUUUGAGGCCAUGUUCAACCAUCCCACCAAGGAGAACAACAAGGCCACGGUGGAUCUGCCGGAUGAUAGUAAUAUCAUCCAAUUAUUGUUGGAGUUUAUGUACACGGAUAAGGUCAUCGGGACCGGGGAUGUGCCGGCGGUGCAGGAUCUGCUGGUGGCCGCUGACAAGUACCAGAUUGAUAAUCUGAAGCGCUCCUGUGAAUUCCAGCUGAUUGAGCGUAUGGCGUCGGAUAACGCCUGCCAGUUGUUCCUCCUGGCGGCCAACUAUAACGCCGAGGAUUUGAAGCGGGAAUCCAAGCAGUUCAUUGCGGCCAAUCUGCGCAGUGUGAUUAAGACGCCCGGCUGGAAUGAGCUGAAGGACUCUGAAGAAGGCUUCGGUCUGGCCACGGAUCUGUUGGAUAUGCAGACGGGAAGGGAAGCGGAGGCCGGCAGUGGACAGGAGUCGAUGGCUUGAACGGCGUGCAUGCUGGAAUUAUAAUCGUUAUAAACAUUCGUGGAGGUGCUCGGGGGAAAAAGAGAUCAGCCUGGAAGAAACAUGAGUGUAGCGCGUUUGUUUCUUUUUGAUUUUUUUUGGUUUGUCUCUCUUUACUGUGUUUGUGCUAGGCGGUUUUACGUUUUUCUCCCUUUCUUGCUGCGAAAGUUCUUCUCUUGCGCUACCGCAGUCUUUUUUUGAUUUGUGGAGGUGUCUCGGUUAGAUGUCAUGUUAGGAACCCGUCGCUUAGAAGGUACUCUUGUACGGUUUUACUAAAAAUAAUGGAAUAGAACUAAUAUUAGGCCAUUAUAAAUAAUAAAUACCAGUUUAAUGGA